ACUGCAGGUGGCCUCGGGGCAGACACAGAGGAGCGGCUGGUGGAGCAUCUCCUAAACCCAGCGCAUUACAACAAACUGAUCCGCCCGGCCACUAACGGUUCUGAGCUGGUCACUGUGCAGCUGAUGGUGUCGUUGGCCCAGCUCAUCAGCGUGCAUGAAAGAGAGCAGGUGAUGACCACCAAUGUCUGGCUGACCCAGGAGUGGCAGGACUACCGGCUGACGUGGGUCCCUGAGGAGUUCGACGGGAUGCUGAAGGUCAGGCUGCCCUCCAAACAUAUCUGGCUGCCUGACGUGGUCCUGUACAACAAUGCCGAUGGGGUGUACGAGGUGUCCUUCUACUCCAACGCUGUGGUGUCCUACGAUGGCAGCAUUUUCUGGUUGCCACCUGCCAUCUAUAAAUCCGCCUGUAAGAUUGAGGUGAAACACUUCCCGUUCGACCAACAGAACUGCACACUGCGCUUCCGCUCAUGGACCUACGACCGCACGGAAAUUGACCUGGUGCUCCGCGCUGACGUGGCCAGCAUGGACGACUUCACACCCAGCGGGGAGUGGGAUAUCAUCGCCCUGCCAGGCAGACGAAAUGAGAACCCUGCCGAUCCCACCUAUGUGGACAUCACAUAUGACUUCAUCAUCCGCAGGAAGCCUCUGUUCUACACCAUUAACCUCAUCAUUCCCUGUGUGCUCAUCACUUCGUUGGCCAUCCUGGUCUUCUACCUACCGUCCGACUGCGGGGAAAAGAUGACGCUCUGCAUCUCGGUCCUGCUCGCUCUCACUGUGUUCCUGCUGCUGAUCUCCAAAAUCGUCCCGCCGACUUCUCUGGAUGUCCCCCUGGUGGGGAAGUACCUUAUGUUCACCAUGGUCCUGGUCACUUUCUCCAUUGUCACCAGCGUGUGUGUGCUCAAUGUGCACCACCGCUCACCCACCACACACACCAUGCCCCCCUGGGUGAAACUGGUGUUCCUCAACAAGUUACCUGCCCUGCUCUUCAUGCGCCAGCCGAGGAACAGCAGCGAGCGCCAGAGGUUGCGCCAAAGGAGGAGGGCACAGGAGCAGAAGGAGGGCGGGCGCAGUGGGGAGCCGGGGGGCCUGAUGGUGGGUCUGGGGCUUGGUAGCACUGGUGGGAAUGGUGGGGGAACCUCCACAGCGGUGUUUGGAAAAGACGACAGUGAGCCGUGUACGUGCUACGUGAACCGGGCCUCUGUUAAACAGUUUGGAGGUGAUCUGGCAGGUACCGGAGGGGGAUCGAUGGACGGUCUGAACAGGGUGAGGGAGGGCCGGGAAGGCGGCUCUGGGAACCUGCAGAGAGGGAAGCAGGCAGCCGGAGGUCCUGCCCUGACUCAGGCCCUGCUGGCUCAGGCCUGUCCAGGCUUUGAUGAGGCUGUUGAAGGAGUGCGCUUCAUCGCCAACCACAUGAAGGGUGAAGAUGACGAUCAGAGCGUCAGCGAGGACUGGAAGUACGUUGCCAUGGUGAUCGACCGCCUCUUUCUGUGGAUCUUUGUGUUUGUCUGCGUGUUCGGCACGAUGGGCAUGUUCCUCCAGCCGCUGUUCCAGAAUUACACAGCCAAGAGCAUCACCCACACGCCGGGCUGACCACGCCGCCCUCACGAGCACACCAACGGACAGCUCCCCGACCAAUCAGCACAGCAGGGCAUGGGCUGGAGGUGUGUGUGUGUGUUUAUGGGUUUUAGUUUUAUUGUACUUCUGGAACUGAAGGCAAAACUGGUGACCAGUUUUCACGUUCAUUAUUAACUUUAUAACAACGGUUUUUACAACGAUCAAACAUUUUUCUUGUAUGAGCGACAGGGGGAACAAAAAAAACACCUUUGAACUUUUAUCUACAAUUUUGUUUUGUCCCAGCUCCAAACAGACUGACCUCCCCUCCUUGUUCCCUUCUCCAGCUUUUCAGGAAGUAAGGAUGCUCUGAUGUUCUCAACGCCAACCACCCAAGGGCGACAGUUUUUACUCACUGUGUUGACGUGUAUCAGAGAGGGACGGGAGGGUCACGUUCAGCUUCGUUUUCUGUAAUCCACUACUGUCUGUGAACUGAAUCCAUAUAUUUUAUCAUAGCAUAGCAGCUUGUCACAAUAUAGCAUUGAGUAAAUCUUAUAAGAAUAUUCCUGUGUUAGUUCAUGCCAAGGUUUGUUGCAGGUAGAGAUGCUGAGGCGAGUUGCGUGAAUGUAUAGAUAUGAAAAGAUUGUGAUAUAAACUGUAUACCACAGCCUGUGAUGCGUGCACUAACACGAUGUGUGUAUGAGCUUCAGACCGAAGGGAAAACCGCUAACAAAGAAGUGCCGAGGUGCAAUAUUACAGAAAAGUCUGAAAGAUCAAGUAAUAGAUUAUGCAUGGACAGUUUUUUAUUUUGCCUAAAGAGUUGUUCACAUUAGGUGGAGAGCAGCUGUGGUCGUCCGUACCCGAGUCCACAGCUGCUGAUGAGUGUUACUGCUGAGAAGUGGAGGAAUCUGAGCCAAGAUGGAGGACACUCGCUGGACAGGGAUAAUGAGAUUUUGCCAAAGCGGAGUUGUCAAAGCUGAGUUGAAGCUAUAGUUGAGAUUUUUUUUUAAGUGGGGCUCUGCAUAAAAGUUAUCAACAAUGAAUAUGUUACCUGUUGUAGAUAACUUGUUGAAGGACCUCAGUUUAGAAUUAAAUUCUGAGCGAGUUAACACACUG